GAACAACUGACUGCGGAAGGGCAUCCAUUACCUUCAGAAGUUACCAUAGCAUAUAAUUUUGAAACAAACUCAAUAGAUUUUAAAGUCAUCUCUGCAAAGAAGUCAGGUUUUACAUUUAAUGAAGCAGAUGUAUAUUCGAAUGAAAACUUCAAAGCUAUUGCAUGGUUAGAUAAUGACGAUUGCUUUAAGAAAAUAUUUAAAUUCAGUGACUCAACGAUGUCAAUAGAUGACCUUCGUGGAAUGUUACCAUCGACGUUUACAGUUGAAGGUUCAGCAGGAUUGCUUACAAGAUUGUCAAUUGGUGGUAUUUGGUCUCGUGAGAACAUUGUUAUAAAAUCCAGUAUAAGUGAAUUUGCUGAAGAAUCUAUAUUAUGUCUUUCAAACUACAUGUAUUCGCCACCGAAGCAUUAUAGUAUAACAAACUUUGUCAGUAAGUUUAACAUAAGACUUGUCGAACCUUCUUCAAUGAAAGAUGUUGUGCUACCUAAAGAUGGAAAGGAUGGACUCAUUAUUGAGAUGAUUUUAAUAGCAUAUUAA